ACUUGGAGGUCGACAGACCGAGACGCACGCUCGGGAGAGCACCAGGCCUGUUACAACCAGCGCGCGCCGACGCACGUCUCCACCCACCCGGCCCAACCGCCAGGGCGCGCUCCCAGCAACCGCGGCUUUUGCUGCGUUUGUAGCCACUACGUCAGGGCCUCUUCUGCUUCUCAUUGGGGGAGCCCGUCCAAUCACGUGAUUCUAGUAUGGCGUAUAAAUAAAGGCGAGGAGAAGGCGGUGGUCCGCCAUUUCGUGGACGCCGGGUGAGCGAGAGCUUUGGUUGGUGUCGGGCCGGAGGAAAGCGGGAAGACUCAUCGGAGCGUGUGGAUUUGAGCCGCCGCAUUUUUUAACCCUAGAUCUCGAAAUGCAUCGUGAUUCCUGUCCAUUGGACUGUAAGGUUUAUGUAGGCAAUCUUGGAAACAAUGGCAACAAGACCGAAUUGGAACGGGCUUUUGGCUACUAUGGACCACUCCGAAGUGUGUGGGUUGCUAGAAACCCACCCGGCUUUGCUUUUGUUGAAUUUGAAGAUCCCCGAGAUGCAGCUGAUGCAGUCCGAGAGCUAGAUGGAAGAACACUAUGUGGCUGCCGUGUAAGAGUGGAACUGUCGAAUGGUGAAAAAAGAAGUAGAAAUCGUGGCCCACCUCCCUCUUGGGGUCGUCGCCCUCGAGAUGAUUAUCGUAGGAGGAGUCCUCCACCUCGUCGCAGAUCUCCAAGAAGGAGAAGCUUCUCUCGCAGCCGGAGCAGGUCCCUUUCUAGAGAUAGGAGAAGAGAGAGAUCGCUGUCUCGGGAGAGAAAUCACAAGCCGUCCCGAUCCUUCUCUAGGUCUCGUAGUCGAUCUAGGUCAAAUGAAAGGAAGUAGAAGACAGUUUGCAAGAGAAGUGGUGUACAGGAAAUUACUUCAUUUGACAGGAGUAUGUACAGAAAAUUCAAGUUUUGUUUGAGACUUCACAAGCUUGGUGCAUUUUUAAGAUGUUUUGGCUGUUCAAAUCUGUUCGUUUCUUGAAACAGUGACACAAAGGUGUAAUUCUCUAUGGUUUGAAAUGGAUCAUACGAGGCAUGUAAUACCAAGAACUGUUACUUUACAAUGUUCCCUUAAGCAAAAUUGAAUUUGCUUUGAACUUUAGUUAUGCACAGACUGAUAAUAAACCUCUAAAUCUGCUCAGCAGAAGUGUGUUUUUUUUUUUUUUAAUACAGAAACAACUGGCAAAAAUUGAACUAAGAUUUACUUUUUUUCCAUAGCUGGGAUAUAGGCUGCAGCUAUAGUUGAACAAGCAGUCUUUAAGAACUGCUAUGAAACACAAGCCAUCAGGUAAAAUGAAACGCUGCACUAUUAAAUUAGAGGUUUUUGAAAAAUCCAGCUCACUUCCAUCCUGGGCAGAGGUUGCCUAGUUGGUAUAGAAUGUUAAGUUUCAAGAAAGUUUACCUUUGCUUUAGGUCAUAAGUUGCUUAUUUGAUUGCUGUAUAUGAAUACAUGGCUGUUCGUGACAUUCUUUAUGUGCAAAUUUGAGGUUUCAAAAAUGUUCUGCCAGUUUAAGGGUACAUUGUAGAGCCGAACUUUGAGUUACUGUGCAAGAUUUUUUUUCAUGCUGUCAUUUGUAAUAUGUUUUGUGAGAAUCCUUGGGAUUAAAGUUUUGGUUACAAAUUGUUGUUUAACUUGAAAGCCUGUUUUUCCUUGCAAACUCACAUCUGUGAGCUUGGUACCAAGUCCAGGUAUAACAUUCCUAUUGGAAGCCAUACUUAUAUUUUCUUGUAAAGUGCUUUUGAAUUAAUAAAAUAUUAGCAUAAUUGUGUAAUA